GUCUCAAAGUUUGUCUGGAGACCUAGUUGGGAGUGGGCUUGUUGCGCGAGGACUUUCUUGGGAUGAGAGCUCCCUUCUUGCAUUCUUUUUGGAUGCACAGCCCGAUUUAACCCCUGCAACCUCCCGCCCGAUCCCAGCAGGCCUGUCCUCUCCGGGGAUUCACAGAUCUCCGAGGACACGGGUCGCGGAGCCUUCGGCAGGGCUCUCCAGUGCCCAAGUUCCACUCGCGCACACGCAAGCACACGCGGAGAGAGACGUCUCACCGGUCCGCGGCGGCUCUGCGCGGUCCCCUCCUGCCUCAGCAUCCUCGGCCCUGCGCGGCGCCCACCGCCAUGGAGGUGCUGGAGAGCGGGGAGCAGAGAGUCCUGCAGUGGGACCGCAAGCUGAGUGAGCUGUCAGAGCCGGGGGAGACCGAGGCCCUCAUGUACCACACGCACUUCUCGGAGCUCCUGGAUGAGUUUUCCCAGAACGUCUUGGGUCAGCUCCUAAAUGACCCUUUCCUCUCAGAGAAGAGUGUGUCGAUGGAGGUGGAGCCGUCUCCAACAUCACCAGCGCCUCUCAUCCAGGCUGAACACAGCUACUCUCUGAGCGAGGAACCCCGGGCUCAGUCACCAUUUACCCAUGUGGCUACCAGCGAUAACUUCAAUGAUGAGGAGGUGGAGAGUGAGAAAUGGUACCUGUCUACAGAGUUUCCUUCAGCCACCAUCAAGACAGAGCCAAUCACAGAGGAGCAGCCCCCAGGACUUGUCCCUUCUGUCACUCUGACCAUCACUGCCAUUUCCACUCCUUUUGAAAAAGAAGAGUCCCCUCUGGAUAUGACUGCUGGGGGGGACUCCUCAAGCCAGACACUCAUUCCUAAGAUUAAGCUGGAGCCGCAUGAAGUGGACCAGUUCUUAAACUUCUCUCCAAAAGAAGCCUCCGUGGAUCAAGUGCACUUACCACCGACACCACCCAGUAGUCACAGCAGUGACUCUGAGGGCAGCUUGAGCCCCAACCCACGCCUGCAUCCCUUCAGCCUGUCUCAGGCCCACAGCCCUGCCAGAGCCAUGCCUCGGGGCCCCUCUGCUUUGUCCACAUCUCCUCUCCUCACAGCUCCACAUAAGCUGCAGGGAUCAGGCCCACUGGUCCUGACAGAGGAAGAGAAGAGGACCCUGAUUGCCGAAGGCUAUCCCAUUCCUACCAAGCUGCCUCUGACAAAAUCUGAGGAGAAGGCCCUGAAGAAAAUCCGGAGAAAGAUCAAGAAUAAGAUUUCUGCCCAAGAAAGCAGGAGAAAGAAGAAAGAAUACAUGGACAGCCUGGAGAAAAAAGUGGAGUCUUGUUCAACUGAGAACUUGGAGCUUCGGAAGAAGGUGGAGGUGCUGGAGAACACCAAUAGGACUCUCCUUCAGCAACUUCAGAAGCUUCAAACUUUGGUGAUGGGGAAGGUCUCUCGAACCUGCAAGUUAGCUGGCACACAGACUGGCACCUGCCUUAUGGUCGUUGUGCUUUGCUUUGCUGUUGCAUUUGGCAGCUUCUUUCAAGGCUACGGGCCUUAUCCUUCUGCCACCAAGAUGGCUCUGCCCAGCCAGCAUCCCCUGUCAGAGCCAUACACAGCCUCCGUGGUGAGAUCCAGGAACCUGCUAAUCUAUGAGGAACAUUCUCCCCUGGAAGAGUCGUCCAGCCCAGCCUCAGCUGCAGAGCUUGGGGGCUGGGACAGAGGCUCGUCUCUGCUCAGGGCAUCGUCUGGGCUUGAGGCCCUGCCAGAGGUGGAGCUUCCUCAUUUCAUCAUCUCCAAUGAGACCAGCUUGGAGAAGUCAGUACUGUUGGAGCUUCAGCAGCACCUGGUCACCAGCAAACUGGAAGGGAAUGAAACACUCAAGGUUGUAGAACUGGAGAGGAGAGUGAAUGCUACCUUCUAAGGAGAUCUCCACCCUCUUCUUCUCCAUCUGAGCAUCCCCAGUCUGCCCUGCUCUUCAGUUCCCCCUUCACCACUGGAUCUCCAGGAGGAUAUGGACUAGUGUUACAGCUUGAGACGGGAGGCCAACCCAGGGGUUUCUGCUUGUAUGUCCCCGUAGCUCUCCACACAAGGGAGCUAGCACCUCUCCAUCCCUUUCUCUUACUGCCAUUGGAAAUUAUUUUAAGGGUGAGGUGGGGUGGAACGAGCAGGCUUGUUUUCACCAGUAGUGCCAAGAAGAUACUGCCUGAUUCUUCCCUGUGAGGCGUGACUCCUCUGAAGAAGACGUGACUCUUGUUCAGUUGAGACCCCAGACUCUAGCCACACCUAUGCCAUAAACAUGCCAGGGAGUGGCAAAGCACUGACUCCUGAGCUCCCUUGCUCAUUAGGCCUCUGGUGUGACCCUGCCCACACUGAGAGGACCAAAGCAUCAUUCCAGUCUUCUCUCCAUCCUGCACGCCAGACUCCUUAUUGGAUGCCUGCACAGGCAGACAGGACUCCCACCAUAUUUUCAGGCCGCAAGUGCAAUUCCUAAAGGCAUCAGGCUCUUCCCCUCCAGGCUAUCCUGCCCACUGUGUUGCUUGUAGAAUACCCCACACCCAUCCAUACACAGCCUGCAUCCCCACAGGACAGUAGCUCUGUCUCCCUGGCCUCCCCUCCCCACUUGUAAAUAGUAUUUAUUAGCUUGCUGAAGCUCCCAGCUGACCAUAGUAAAAAUAUUUCUCCUUCCAACCAGCAAAGCCCUCUGUUGGCCUUUGGAACAGGGGAGUCCCCGCGAUCUGGGACCCCAGUCUUUGUAGUUGAUGCCUUGUUCCUUCCCUUUCUUUUUAAAAUUGGGGACCUAUAAAGUAAUCACUGUUGAGGAAUUCCCUUCGGCAUGUGGCCCCUGUUGGAUGAAGACAUGGGGAUGGUGGAAUGCUGUCUUCUUGCUCAGGCCCUAGGAUCUAUGGCUUUCUCUCUCUGUUCCCACCACAGAGAAGGGAAGCCCUGUCCUAGACAAUAAGCUUUGCUGACAACCUUGCUAGCUUGUCCUACGUUACCUGCUUGCCCCCCUCCCUCGCCUUCCUCCUUCCCUCUGCCCUCCAUCCACCUGCCUUAUCUAACGGAGGCUGGAGUUGGUAAUUUCUGUACAUCCAACAGUGGUACCUUUUACAGUCAGGUUCCUAUACUUUGCAGCUCACCCAAAGAGACAUAGCUAAACCCUAAACUCUUUUUUUUUUUUAAUAAUGAUUAAAAAGUAAAAAUUGUAGUUUAAAAAAUCCUUUCCUCUUUCAUACAAAUAAGAAAUGGAAAUUGCUCUUUUGUUGUAUAAGAUAGAAGAUUCUUUUAAAGUGUUCCCCCACCAACCCCAGCUUGUAAAAAAUUUUAUGUAAGAAAUGUGCUUACACUUUGUAUUUUAUUUUUAGCAGCAGCUAAAAGGCCUAUAGUUUUGGCUCUCUCUCUCUCUCUCUCUCUCUCUCUCUCUCUCAUCAUCUUUGAGAUCACUAGAGCCUGUAUAAAGGGGAUUAUGGCCCCUGCAUUCGUCAUUAGUGUUUGCCAUCAUGCCCUGUGAGCAGCUCCUUGCUUGGUCUGCUCAGGGCAUCAUAGGGAAUGUUCCUCCCCCCCAUUCCUCUCUCCUUCCCUCCUUCCCUCCCUUCAACCCUCCUUCCCUUGGUGAGUUCCCAGCUGGCAGAUGGCCAAGCUCACCUUGUAGUGGGUGAAACCUGCCUCAGGGCCACUGCUGUCUCAGCAGCCCUCCUGCUUAAGAGGGAGGGCUUCCCUUACAGGGUGGUGUAUAGCCUGGGCUAUACAAAGAGGGUGGCUAGUGACCUGCUUUUCUCUCUCUCUCUCUCUCUCUCUCUCUCUCUCUCUCUCUCUCUGUCUCUCUCUCUCUUCCUUUGGUCUUCCUGGACCUGGCCCAUUCUGCUCUUCACAAUGCCAGAUAUUUAUACACCAUAAACUUUAAAAAAAUGCUAAGAGAACCUAAACAGGAAAAAUCCUAGGGUUCGGCAGUGUUUGUAUGAUGAGAGAGGAAGGAUUUGCCAUAGGGAGCUGAAGUGGGGUUUUAGACUGACAUGUGCAUUUGCUGAGCUGAACCUUGGUCUUUUGAUGUGCCUGAAGAGCUGGGUCGAGACCCCAUUUAUGCAAGAGGCAGAGGAGGAAGAGAAGGAGGAGAAAGAGGUAGAAGAGGAGGGAAGAGAUGUCCAGUCACAUCUUUAGUUCUCUGAGGACUUUAUUUUCUUCUCUGCCUACUCUUUUGGGUGCCACUGUCUCCAGACAGCAGGGCCCUCUGUCUCUGGGAAAUUAGCCUUCCAGAAUAGAAUCUGUAACAAGAGACGUGGGACAUAAGCCAGAGAACUCAAACGGCCCUUUAAAGGAGCUCUCAGGAACCAACACCACCACUCUAUGAGAAAAACCUCUGCCCUUUACUCCUGGCUUGCUAGUGAAGGGGACUAAGCCUGUGGUCCCUCUGGGAUGCUCCGUGGAGUUAAGGGACCCUGCAGAGAUGCAUGAGACAAGAUGGAUUAGGAGCAAUUAGUAGAUGUGUGCACACUUUUUGUUCAAAGUUUAAGGCUAGAAUAUUGUUUUAUUUUCCACCAACUGAGCUGUCCUGCAGACCUGUCAAUACCUAAUUUAAAACCUGAAGGUUUUAAAUUGUAGUUGACCCAACGCCUUGAACUGAAAUUUUGAAAAAUUUUGAAAAAGACUGCUAGACUUAGAAGCCAGAACAAAUUCUGCUGGUUGCAUUUUCUACCUUAUAAACAGGUCUCCCCUCCCCCCAUUUUAAAAUCACUUUAGUGAUGGAGAUGUCUCACAAAGAUUUAGAGAACAAGGCAGUUCUUUUUUUCCCUCAUGAGACCUGAGGAACCCUGUCACACACACACACACACACACACACACACACACACACCCGUGGAUCUUUUCACAGCUCCCAACUUCACACUGGGAAGUGGCUCCUGUAAAUGGAGGAGUCAUCACCAGCAUUGAGGAAGAGGCCCUGAAGUGUCAGGAUUGCAGUGUAGCUCAUGCAAAGAGAGUGUUCUAUAAAAAUCUGACAGCUGAACUCAGUUGCUCCUUCCUGGCAGAAGGUGGAGGUGGGAUCUAACAUCAGUGCAGGCAAAAUUAGACAACCAUUCGGUUCAUAGAUUCGAUUCUGUGUGUUGGGAAAACAGAUUUGGGGCAGCAUUAUUAACAAACUGCAGACACCAGGUUAAUAGAUACCCCCUCUUAAGCACCAGUUCCUCUUGGAUACCCCCAAAGUCCCUGCAACUGUUGUCCACAUACAGCAGGGAUAUCAGAUUGCUUCCUCUUCAUGUCCAUCAGUUUUAACCACAGGUCUUGUUAAAAUUCUCUGCAGCACUUCUUGUCCCCUCACGCCCCAUCCCGUGUGCUCAGACCCAGAAAAAGCAGAGCAGAAUUAGAAGUGCCUCUGAGCCAGAUCCCGUGCCUUCGUGAGGUGCAUACGUGAGCCCCCACGGAGAAAUGGAGAUAUCUUGUCCCCACCUGAGGAGUGGACAUCUGCCUGGUCCUUGCCAACACGGAGGGGACAGAAAUGGGAGAAAAAGCUUUUAGUUGCUAAUUUGUUUCCGCUGAGCCGAGUGUUUGAGAAACCUGGAUGAGAGCUUGGCUCUCCCACUCGCGCCUGGCAGGACCUGUGGAGCCAAUAACGGUGGGGGUCUUAGCGAGAACCACUUCAUUACAACACUGGCUGCAGAGGCAGUGAGCAGAGCCCACAGGAUAAGUUCUGCUUCCAACCCACAAAGGCAGUCGUGGGAGUGGAGAGAGCAGUAAGGUGGGGGCUGGAAGAAGCCAGACACAGAUUCUGGUUCAUUCAUUCAUUCAUUCAUUCAUUCACUCAUUCCUUAGACUUUUGCAGUUUUACUAAGGAAGAACAGGUUUCUUGAGACCUAGGAAAUCUUGGGGAAUAAGAAAGACUUGGAAAACCAGUUUUAGUAGCCAUUCAGAGGACCCAGUACUAAUGCUAGGUCUCUUCCCCUACCCCCUCUCUCCUAGGUACUUAAUCAUGCCUCCGAUGUGCCUUGUAUCUCAAUCCAGGAUGCAGGAAUCCCCUGUCCCUGGAAGGUGAUAUAUUACUAUCUAGUAUUAGGUUUAAGUUGGGCGUGGGCGUUUUCUCUGUAGACACAGAGAUGGUUCCCUCAAACUAUACACUGUUAGAUUUGCCCAUCAGAGGUAAAGAAAUGGGGUUAUAUCCAUUAGGAAAAUCCCAUUUUGUAGACGGAGGUGCAAUCACAUAAAAAUGUGGCCAGGCAGGAUUAGAGGCAUUCUAAAUCCUUACCACAGGGCAUUUUCUGGAUGCAAAGGCACCAGCCCAUUUGAAAAUUAAUAUUCCGUGCCUCUGGGCCAAGAUGUCAGCACUCUGCACUAGGAGACAAACAGUAACUGCUGUUUGUUCCAGCAUGAAAUUCAAGACUUUCAUACUUUCUCUUGGUUUCUAAAAGGAAGGAAGUCUUUCCUGAGUAUUUUUCUAAAGUGUUGAGUGUUGUGCUAAGUAAUCCUUGAGGCUUUGAACCUGACUGAAAUGGAAAGCAAGGGUGACUCAUUGCCAGGAGAAGUAAAUGCCAUGGAAGGUUCAUAGUUUCUGGAGUCCUUUCUGAGGACACACACAUUGUCUCUGGCUCUCUGAGCAGAAACAGGUCUACCCACUGCAGUGGCCCGACCACGCAAUGCUCAGCUCUUUGGCUCACUCUGCAUGUCUGUCUCAUCCUAUCUUCUGAGAGCAUGGCUCGUAGGCUUUGUGUUUGGGUGAAGGGAACCCAGGUUCAGGCUCCACAUCUCUGCUUCUGUCUUUUCCUCAACAGCAGGGUGGGAGCAGGACUUUUGUGCACUCAUGGCCUGCAUAGAUGAAGCCCAUGAUGAAUCUGUGGGAAACACCAACAAUCAUGCACCCUGUGGGUGAUGCUUCUGACACAGAGCAGAGCAGAGCCCAGGAGGUGCCGAAGGCAUCAGUGAGCUUUCCUUGCCUAGACUGGCACCUGACUUUGCUCUCUUUUGAAAGACUCUAGAUAAGUCAGCAUCGUUUAAAUCCAAGGGUAUUGCAAGCCUGUGACCCGAUCUGUUGCACUGUCUUAUGCCUUCUUAUUCUUCAUCAUAGCUAAUUAGAUACCAAAAAAUAAAAAAAUAAAAUAAAAAAAGCUUUGUAGUAUACUUGUACUUAGUUUGGGGAAAAAUGAAAUUGUAAUGCAUUUGUAUCUCCAUUUCUUGCAAAUAAAUAUUUUUCUUAGUCAAA